AUGUUCUCAGCGUGUCGCUUCGCUUUGGUUACCGUAUUUUCGCUUUCUGUGGUGUUUCCUCGUUGGGCGGCCGCAGCGAACCAAGGACAAGCAACCUGGUACCACACCGGGAUGGGGGCUUGCGGAGCUCACAGUAACGACGAAGACCAUGUCGUCGCGCUGUCCUCCGAAGAGUUCUCUCGCAGCAACCACUGCUUUAAACAUAUUGUCAUUCACCACCAAGGGCGGGCAGUCGACGCCACCAUUGUAGACCGCUGCGAAGGAUGCUCAAGAUUCGCGCUCGACCUUUCACCGGGCGCGUUCAAGAUGAUUGCGCCUCUUGAUGCUGGUACGGCAGAAGUCACUUGGGAGUAUGUUUAG